AUGAAGCUUAGUCGUGAAGAUACAUGCGGAUGUCUACAACUUCUUCAGAAACAUUGCCACGGCUUGUCAGCUUCAUCUGAUGCCUUCAAGAAGUCUGUUGAUUCGAUGCAAGAUAACGAAUUUGGAAAAAUAGCUUAUACUAUCUCUAUACUGCUCAUGUUUUCAUUUGUUAUUGUUUUAUUGAUGGUUCGAUCCAUUCGAAGGACUAAUGCAACUAUUGAAAAUCCUUCGCAGGUUGAAGCUCUUCUGGAUGCUAUGCGCUUUCGUGAAGAAUUGGAUAUUCAAGAACGUCAAAAAAGACGUCUUAUGAAAGCUAAGAAUAAGGUAACAGCAUGGUUGACGAAAACCCAUAGUGCAUCUGAUUCUCCGAAACAAUGGCGAAGUAGUCCUCAGCUCAUUCAACCUCGGAAAUACACAAGUUCGACUGUCUCAGAAAUUCCUGAAAUUGUAGUAACUGAUGACGGUCCUUGGAUACCACGAAGACCAACAACACCAUGUCUUUCUCUUAUAUAUGAUUUCAGUAACAAUCAUAGAAAUUCUAUGAGUACAGAUAAUGACAGUCGUCAUAGAGGCUCACUUUCAUCUCAGACUUCUCUCACAACAACUCGGCAAUCAAUGUCUCUUGAUAGAGAAUGUGUGCCACGAUUAAGUAUUCAAUCACAUAGUAUGAGCUUUGACUGA